AUGGCUGAGCCUCUCCACGCCAGCGAUCACGCCUUCCUCGGCAUGACGCAAAGCCUCUGCCCCGAGUGCUUGGAGGUCGUGCCAGCGAAGAUCCUCCGCCGCGACCGGCGCGUUUACUUUCGCAAGCGAUGCCCCACGCACGGCGUGCGAGAGGACUUUGUUUCGGGCGACGCGGCGUGGUUCGAUCGGCACGUUGGCAAUAACAUCGGCAAGACGCCGCAUCGCAGGGCGGUCGGGCCGCGUCGGGGGUGUCCCUACGACUGCGGUCUGUGCACCGAGCACGAGCAGCACACGUGUCUAGCGCUGCUCGAGAUCACCAGCUCUUGCAAUCUGACCUGCCCGAUGUGCUUCGCCUCGAGCGCGCCGGGCGGAAGGCAUCUAUCGCUCGAGGAGUGCCGCCGAGCGAUCGACGCCCUUGUCGCGGCGGAAGGACGCCCCGAGGUGCUCCAGCUCUCCGGAGGCGAGCCAACAAUUCACCCCGCGCUGCUUCCGAUUAUCGAUUACGCCCGCGAUCAGCCGAUCGACAUCUUGAUGAUCAACACGAACGGCGUCCGCUUGGCAAAGGAUCGACAGCUGCUCGAAGAACUUGCCGCACGGCGCGAUCGGUUAGAGAUCUAUCUUCAGAUGGAUGGCUUCCGGGACGAGGUCUAUCGCCGGCUGCGCGGCGAGGACUUGCUUGAGACGAAGCUUGCCGCCAUCGAGGCGUGCGGCGAGGCAGGCCUCAACAUGACGCUGGUCGCAACCUUGCAGGCGGGCGUCAACUUCGGCGCCGGCGAGGUUGGUGAGUUGAUCGAUUACGCUUCCGCACGGCCGUGGGUGACCGGCGUCAGCUUCCAGCCGGCGACUUACUCGGGCCGUCACUUCUUGCCGGCGGAAUUGGAGAUGCGCGUCACGCUGCCGGACGUGAUCCACGCCGCGGAGCGAGAGACCGCAGGCCGCUUCCGCGAAAGCGACUUCACACCGCUGCCGUGUGCACAUCCCAACGCCCACGCCAUCGCUUACGCCUAUCGGUCGGGCGGCCGCGUCACACCGCUGGCGAGGCUGAUCGACCUGGGUGAGCACAUCGAUCUGCUCUCCGGCCGGAUCACGUACACACGUCCGCGGGCCAAAAAACUGAUCGAGGAGUACCUCAGCCGCCAGUGCUGCGGACCCGGUGGUUGCGGCACGAGCGGUUGCGAUCCCAUUGAUUCACCCCCAGCGACGCUAGGCAUGAACUUGCCCGUACUCGAAACGACGCCGAAUACCGAUACUGACUUGGCGACGAUCGGGCUGGAGUUCGUCGAACGAGCUAUCUCCGAACGACUCGACCCGUGCGACGUCUUCCGAGUCACCAUCACUAGCUUCAUGGACGCCUACAACUUCGACCUGCGGCAGUUGAUGCAGUCUUGUGUCGCCUUUGCGCUGCCGACGGGCCAUCUGAUCCCUUUCUCGGCCUACAACGUCUUGUCGAUGAUCGACCCGGUCUAUACGCUCAUCAUGGCUGCCGCGGUGCUAGCCGGCGGGGUGGUGCUCCACCGCAGCCAACGGUCGCUGCCGAUCGACAGAACCGAUCGCCUGGCGAUCGGCUUCGCCGCGUUCUGCGGGGCGAUGAUCGGUUCCAAAGCGCCGUUCGUACUGGCGGGCGAUGCGGCAUGGUGGUCGGCGCCGGCUUGGCUUGCCAAUGGCAAGACCAUCCUCGCCGGCCUCGUCGGCGGCUAUUUGGCGGUCGAACUCGCCAAGUGGGCCUUGGAGAUUCGCACGAAGACCGGCGACUCCUUCGCGCCGGCGGUGGCGGUUGCCGUGGCGAUCGGUCGGCUGGGCUGUUUCCGUGCGGGGUGCUGCUAUGGCGUCCCGACCGACGCACCUUGCGGCGUUGUCUUUCCACUCGCAGACCAGUUGCCGCGUCACCCAACCCAACUCUACGAAGCUGCUUUCCACGCCGUGAUGGCGAUCGUGCUUAUCACGCUCCAGCGUCGAGGCUUGUUCCGCGGCCAGUUGCUGAAACUCUACAUCAUGACUUAUGCCGUUUAUCGGAUG